CCGUGAGAACCAAUCAGCGGCGUCCUGGCUGCCGGGGUGUCACGUGCCCCCUCCGCCAGCCAAUCGGCGUGCGGCGGCGGCGGCGCCAAGAUGGCGGACGAUAAGGACUCGCUGCCGAAGCUGAAGGACCUCGCCUUCCUGAAGGGGCAGCUGGAGAGCCUGCAGCGCCGGGUGGAGGACGAGGUGCAGGCCGGCGUGGGGCAGGACGGGUCGCUGCUGGCGUCGCCCUUCCUCAAAGGCUUCCUGGCGGGAUACCUGGUAGCCAAGCUCCGCUUCUCCGCCGUCCUGGGCUUUGUGGCCGGCACCUGCACCGGGAUUUACGCUGCCCAGAACUACGCCGUGCCCAACGUUGAGAAGACGAUCCGGGACUAUGUGAACUCGCUGAAGAAAGGUCGGGACUAGCGAGGAGGAGCCCGGAGGCAGCAGGGACUGCAGGAACCGUGCUCCUUAGGUAGCAGGCACAGAGCACCCCUAGGGCUCUGCCAGGCACGUCACCUGCACCCUUCUUUUCCCUGGAAAAGGGUCUUGCACCACACCAGUGCCACGCGUCAGGGGGCUGGUGAUGGGUGUUUGUUGGGCAUCAUGGCAGCAGCGAUCACUGCGCUGACCCACAGCAGCUUGAGAGCACCGAGGGGCUGCCAGCUGCCUUCUCCCCUUACCUUUCCCUGUGCCCCUGCGGACUGAGGGCUGCUGUGCCCUGUGUGCCCUGGCAGUGUGCUUUGUGUGGCUUCUCAGGAAGGCUUGUAGCUCUCCUCCUGACGAGGGACAGCACCCUGCUCUCCUGCUGCAUCACGAGUGUGGCAGGGAACAUCCUGCUUCAAUCAGGCUCAUUAAAUUCUUGGUAUUUGGUCUC